AUGGAACCAACUCUAUCGCGUCUCAUUACAGCAGCUCACAUUCUCCACCAACAACAAAUACUCGACGAACAAGGUCAUAUCUCAGUGCGCAAUCCCCAUGAUCCCUCGACCUUUUUCACGAGCAACGUGCCUGCUAUCCUCGUCUCUUCGAAGAACGAUCUCCACCAGUGGCAUGUCAGGGACUGUAGUCCUGUUACAAACCCAUACAAUGGAUGCCAAGCCGUGCAAACUGUGCCUGAGUUAUCAGAGCACCACAUUGAUGGUUGUAUUUAUGACCGAUACCCUGGCGUUCAGAGCGUUGUCCAUUCGCACGAUCUAAGUUCUAUUGUCUAUGGGUUAUGUAACAGUUCUGGAAGUAUGUUACAGCCUAGCUACCUUAUGGCCGGCUUCCUCCACUCGCCAAAUCCUAUCUUCGAUGCUGCCGACCAUUAUGAUGGACUGCCACCCGGGUCCGCGCACAACUUGUUGAUUAACUAUAAGUAUCUUGGCGACAUGCUGGCAGAAACCUUCAGCCGCUCUUACGGGGUGAAUGGAACCGAUAGCCUACCCGAGCACAAUGCAGUAUUCCUACGUGGCCAUGGGUUUGUCACUUGGGCAUCCAGCAUCGAGGAGGUAGUAUACAAGGCCAUUCAUAUACGCCGAAAUGCGGACAUCCAGACAAAAGCCAUAGCACAAAGAGACGAUUCAGACAUCGAUAUAGUAUAUCUCAGUGAGAGGGAAGCUAGGGACUGUGAAAACACGAUCAAUCGGAUUUUUCCCAUUACUUGGUUGGCAUGGGUAGCUCAAGUGGAGAGAUCAGGACAAUACUACAACGCGCUGAAGAUAAAGACGGGAGUGUAG